GGUGGACAGUAGCAGCGCAAUAGGCCCCUGCGCCAACCAAGGGCCGGGCUGGCGACACCCAAAUUCGGGAAAAUUCCGCCGACGACGACUGACAAAAUUGAGACGAGAGCUUGCGAGCUUCGACUUUCCCCACCGUUCGUGGCUAUGCUGGUAAGGAGUGUUCCGAGAUGCUUCAGCAAGCUCAGAGCGCCGGCCUCUCGACCAUGCAUUAGGGUCGCGAGGCCACAAUGCCGACAGUUCUCGAUGCCGACGACAGGAGCGCCCAACGCCUCUCCAUCUCCCGCCAUGUCCAGCGCUGCCAUCCUCGAGCCCUUUACGACCGAGCUUGACAGAAUCGCGCCCUCGUUCAAGAUCAAUGGCUCGCAGGUCCGAGUACUGCAAACGCCAGCUGAAUUCUACGAGACUCUCAAGGACAAAAUCCGAAACGCUGAGCGGCGCAUCUUCUUGUCGACAUUAUACAUCGGCAAGUCCGAGACGGAGUUGAUUGCCACCCUCCAGGAGGCGCUCCGCACGAAGCCCGACGUCAAGCUCAGCAUCCUCACCGAUGCUCUGCGAGGUACUCGUGAGGCACCGCAGCCAUCAUGCGCCUCGCUACUCGCCCCGUUGAUUGCCGAGUUUGGGCCCGAUCGAGUCGAGGUGCGCAUGUACCAUACGCCGAACCUGACGGGGUUCAAGAAGAAACACAUUCCGAACCGCAUCAACGAAGGCUGGGGAUUACAGCACAUGAAGCUGUACGGCGUAGACGACGAGAUCAUCCUGUCUGGCGCGAAUCUCUCAAGUGACUACUUCACCAACAGACAGGACCGAUAUCACCUAUUUUCGUCCCGAGACAUCACCGAGUACUACUCGAAUCUUCACGAUGCCGUGGCGUCCCUGAGCUUCCUGGUGCAGCCCUCGGACAAGCCGUCUGGGUUCGACAUGGCGUGGCCCGACACCAAUGCGGCCAUCUCUCCGUUGGAGAACCCAAAUCACUUCGUCGCCGAGUCCACGAGCCUUUUGGCUCGGUUGAUCUCACCUGGGACGGCCCCGGUGACAAAGCCCGACAAGACGAUUGCCGGAGCGACGGACACUUCGGUUUACAUUCUGGCGCAACUCACGCAGUUGCUAUCGCCGGAUUCGUCAACCGAGCUUCCGGCGAUCACACAUGUCCUCAAGACACUGUCGUCUCCACAAUAUGCCAAGUCGUCCUGGACGUUUACCGCAGGAUACUUUAACCCUGCGCCAUCGCUGACUAAACUCUUGCUCUCGACGGCGUCGCAAGGCAAUACGGUCAUCACCGCGUCCCCGUUUGCCAACGGGUUUUACAAGUCCCCUGGCGUCUCGGGCCUGCUGCCAGACGCUUAUACCCUCCUGGCGCGUCGGUUUGUACACGCAGUCUACCAGCACAACCGCGAGACGGCGAUUACUCUACGAGAAUGGAGAAGGGGCACGGUUGGUGUGCCUGGCGGGUGGACAUAUCACGCCAAAGGGUUAUGGGUCACUCUGCCAGGGAGUGAAGACCCAUCGAUCACGCUCAUUGGUAGCUCCAACUACACAAAGAGGAGCUACUCGCUUGACCUAGAGGCGAAUGCGCUGAUCGUGACAGAGAACGAAGAGCUGAAGCGGCGCUUAGGCAACGAGCAGCGCUCGCUGCAAGAGAACACGAGCAUUGUGACAAGAGACGACUUGGCCAAGACGGAUCGCCGCGUCGGACUCAAAGUGCGCCUCGCCAUGCUGAUGGUGAAGCUCGCAGGAGGUGCGUUGUGAGGGCCUUGGACGUGGUCAUCGUUGUCAUGCGCACAACAUUCCUCAGAGUUGAAAUGUAUAUAAUUAAACGAGGCCUGUACCAAGAAGUGUUUAGACUAGAUGGUGAUUAUACCCAAAGUGCGAUUUCCAUUACUUUCGAUCCCAUCUUUAUCCACCACCCGAGCAUUUUCGUUGCGCAGAUAAAAACAACAGCCAUUUCUUUUCUUGACUCAGGAUAGCGCUGCACUCUAACACC